AUGUUCCAUGAUUGUUCCGAGUUAGAAUAUGUUCAAUUCAAGUUUAACGAGAAGCAUUUCAUAACGAAAGACUUUUCAUACAUUCUCAAAGAAGUGAAUGACAGCGGUAAAUGCCUGUUGAAACUCUCAGUUGUCCCUUUAUGUAUUUCUGAAUGGGAGUUGAUAUAUCAACUGAGAGUCAAAACAGGACUGAGUUCGUCAUCCUUGCAAAUUGUUGAUAAAACCAUUGUUCAAUUCUCUCCCUCAUCAAACGAAAUUUCAUUUGAACUACUAGAUGACAUCAAAUUUGUGGAUUUUGAACUUAGAACAAUCAAUGAGUUCAACUUAAUUUGCCCUACUUUUGCACAAGGCGAUGUUAUUCUUCGAUUAAAAGAUGGCUCCUACGUAAAGACGUAUAAGUCAUUAUUAUCACUAUCAUCAGAAGCACUUUGUGCAGCGGUGUCGUCAUACCCUGCAAUGAACUGUUUGGAUUUAUCGAAUCUCUCGAGAAAUGCCGUUCUUCAAUAUCUAUACAGGCUCUAUCCUAACAGAAGAAUGAUGAAUCAAAAUUUUGACGAUUUCGCGAAAGCAUCCGUAGCUUUGUGCUCGCGUUCUUUCAUUCACAAAAUUUCUGAAUAUGUUUGCUCUUCAUCCUUUAAACCAACACCACUCGUAGAACGACUGAAGAUAGCAUUGAAAUUACGUCUCACUCCAGCAAUCAGAAAAAUUAUGAUGAAACUCGUUCAAAGUGGAGAAUGGGAUGUAAUCCUGGAACAAGAUCCUAACUUUCUUGAAACUGUUCCCUUGGAUGUUUACAAUACGCUAUUACAGCCAAUCAUUGCUCAGAAACGUUUCAACGAGGCGAAAGUUGAGGAAGAAAUUGAUUUCUUCUCGGAAACAGCUGCUACUAAUCCACACAACAUGAAAGUUAUUCUUCUCGACACAGCGUUUUACGUCAACACGGGAAUUCUGAGCGUGAACGGAACGAAAGGUUUCGAAAAACUUCCUGAUGGCAGCUUAGUUGCGAGGUUCUCGAAACGUUUGCAGAGAGAAUGCGCUUUAGUUCAAUGCACCCCUGGCGAGGUUCUGCGACUUCUUCUCACUCAAAUGUACCCCGGUGGUUCCUCAAUUCCUUUGAAACUAGAAAGAGCAGCUUUAGUCUUUUGUUCUGAUCAUAAAUGGACGAAAAUGAUUCAAAUACUUGAGCAGGCUUAUAUGCGCAAUCCUUGUACUUCAGAAGCAGAGUUUUACUUAUACUUAACUUUCGCUGACGAGCUAAAUCUACAAAACUUGAAGAGGAGGUGUUUGUUGUAUGCGGAAGGAAGCUGUAAACAAUAUGCUCAUCAAUUGAUCCACUCCCCCGACUUUAACAAAUUUACUGAAAAAACACGUAGACUAUUAGUCGAUCAUGUUUUUUGUGGGUGGAGCGUUAACUGCCCUUCUAACGAGGCGUUAUCCAAUCGACUUGCUCUCAGAGUGCCAAAUAUUGAAAACAAAAGAGAGAUAGGACAUAGAAGAGGAGGGCCGAAAGGUUAUGAAGAUGAUCAACAAACUGAUCAUAGUUUUGAUAAUUAA